AUGAAGCUGACCGGCGCGGGGACCCACACCUUCACUCUGGUGGUGUCCCAGUACGAGAAGCAGAACACCAUCAACUACACUCUGAGGGUGAGGAGGACUCUCAUGGAGUCAUCGUCAAACAUCUUCGUUCUUAUUCAUGAUAAAUGUUUGUUUUCUUCUUUUUCAUCAUCUUUACUAAAAGUGUUUUUGCAGAAUUGACAGAUUCACUCAGACUGGCAGGAGAGUUUCUGGAUUCUCACGUCGGUGUAAAUCGAACCAAAGCCGAUUUCUUCGAUCUAAUCCUCCCGUCGUUUCAUCUUUUGUCUUUUUAUUUAAAUUAUUGAUUUUUAAGAUUAGAUCUGAAAUCAAUCAUCUCUGAACAAACUCAGUCUGACCUCCAUCCUUCCCUCUGCAGCUCUCACUCCUCUACACACAGUUUGUUUCUUCCUCUUCUUUUAAUCCCUCUUUACUUUUCUCUUCUGUUUGCACAUGCGACCCAAAUAUAAAUUUAUAAUUUAUAAUUCAUGUCCUCCUCUCUCUGACUGUACUGAGGUCUGUGGAGAUCUUCUGAAGCCGCUCAUUAAAAAGGAACAUGCUCCCCGCUCACGUGUCUGCUGUGUGUUCGUAUGUGCGGCGGUGUCGCGCAGUAUCAGCUCAUUUCUCUCUCUCUCUCUCUCUCCUCCUUUCAGCUCAGAUCUGCGUCACUUUGAAGCUCGUCUUGAGAAUAACUGACUCCACUCUCGCUCUCUCUCUCUCUCUCUCUCUCUCUCUCUCUGUUUCUCGUUCUCUCAGUUUCCACCCGAGAUCAAAGUCAAAAGCAGAAAACGUGAUUUCGUUUCUGAUCCGUUCUGUUUUUAUUAACCGCGGCGGAGCUGCUAUGAAAGCUGCUAUGAAAGCUGCGUUUAGAUGGUUGUGAAUAAAUGAAGAGCUUUGGUUCUCCUGGAGAACGUCUGGAAACCUCUGGUAUUUUGUUCUUUAUCUGGUAAACUUGAUGUUUUCUGGCCUCCAGUCUUUCUUCUGAUUCCUCCUCUCAGUUUAAAAAAACAAACCGACGCUCCGGCUGAGAAACGAACCCUUCUGUGUCUCUGAUAGGUCUACUCUGGAUGUAAGUUCACCUUCUCCAAGAUCCCGAACCCCUUCACUCAAAUCAAAAGGGUCAGUUUCUCUGCUCACUCUGAUAAUAACCUUAAAUCUUUGUUCUCCUCCAACCUUUGCUCAUGAUGUUUGAUGUCUGCAGAUCAACGGUCAGUGGAAAGGGAUCAGCGCCGGAGGCUGUGGGAACUACAAGGACUCCUACAAACACAAUCCCAUCUACCAGAUCAACCUGGAGCGGUCCGGACCGCUGCUCGUCGAGCUCCGAGGAUCCAGGUCAGGAUUUGAGAAGUUCUGGGGACGUUUAGAGAGACACAGAGAGUCACGGAGAUAAGAAACGAGAAGGAGGACAGAGAGAGAGAGAGAUCCAGGAGGUCAUGAGGUUUUAUUACCCUCUCUCUCUCUAUUUCCCUCUCAGACACACUCAGAGGAUGACUCAGACCUCAGACAUGAUGGUUAUUCUGCUGCAGAGAACACCUCACAGGUUCUUCUACCAUCAUCUUCACAUGGUUACGAAGGACGCAGCUUUUAACUAUCUUCACUAAUUCACAUUUUCACUAAUUCAUAUUUUUUAAAGCAACAAACUGGAUGUAACUGAUGGUAUAGAUAAUAAAUAACAUGUAGGGGCAUAGAAAGGGUCAAACAUGCUGAAUAUGAAUGUGCAGAACAGACAAACUACCAAAACCUGAAUUAAUGUUUCUGAUUAAAUUCUGGACAAAAAUGCUGGAAAUGCAAAAUAGGUUAAAAAAACACCCAGAGACCUGAUCUAAAGUAUAAAAAUAUGUCAGAAGAGCAACAGAAACUGUGUGAUGUGGUUCUGAAGUGCCUGUUUUUGUGGUCGUGUGUCUGCAGGCAGUACAGCGUCGGUUUUGAGAUGGUCACGGUCUCGCAGGUUGGAGAUCCAGGUCCAGCUGCUUUCCAGAAGAAGAGCAGUGGAGAUUACAGGUGUGACUCCAACAAAGGAAGUCUGUGAAAACACCUGAACUGUAGUUUUUCUGUUUUACUGCCUGAAAGUGUCUCUUUUUUUUAUUCCAGAUGUGGUUUCUGCUUCAUGGAGGCCGAGCACGUCCCAGCGGGAAUCUACAACGUCAUCCCCACCACCUUUUUACCCAAACAGGAGGGACCCUUCUUCUUGGACUUUGCUAGCACCACAGCCCUGAAGGUCUCCCAGCUUCAAUGA